AUGGGGCAAUGUGGAAAAAAAAGUUACAGACUAAACGUAACAAGUCCGGCCAACCACAAGCUCAAAUCAGCUGUUGGGAGCCGGUUGGUCGCAGCUAUCAAGGAACUUCCAACUUAUGAGGAGGAACGUGCCUCUGUGGAGCGUCUCAUCCGGCCUGACGGCAACUGUGCUUAUGCAUUGCUCGAGAUCAGUGCCCCCGCAGGAUUGGAAAUCUGGGCCGUGAGGUCAGGGGUAGACGCAUUGAACCCUAGGCCAAAGGAGUGUAUCAGGAGUCACUUUGGGUUCGAGGAAGACAACGAUGCGGCUAUCACUCUUCAUUUCCCGGAUCUUGAGAAUGUAACUGAGACAGAAUACUACGUCAUUGUGUCUUCCAAUAGACACGGCUAG